CUAUAUUUUUACAUUUGUGCUCAUACUUGGUUCUUCCUGAACGGUUGGUGUUUUGGGUCAAGGACUAUAUCAAUGCAUCUCUCAGCGCAUAGUCCAGAUGCUCAGUACAUGUAUGUAUAUCCAAUUUCGGCAAUUCCUAUGCUAGGAGUAGGAGAUUGUUGAAAUGACUGUAGAAGUUGACAUUUAGAAUUACUCCUUAGUAACUUAUGUUAAUACUUUAAUUUUCAUCUUAUACAUUUAUUGAAGACAAAAUUCUGGUUACCUGAGACUGAUGUACAAGGUUCAGUAAGUAGAGAUUUUAAAGUAUGCAGCUUAAAAUUGUUGUUGACACAAUUGACAGAUUUGAGAAAAUCUUGAUUCUUUCUUAAUGAUUAAAUAAAAUGUUUAGCGAAUAAUUUUCUUUUAAUGUUUUUACAGCUAUUUAUUGUGGGGUGGUGGUUCUAGGAAGCUCUGCAGCAUGCAUAUAGAGGUCAGAGGACAACUUCCAGGAAGGAGUCUAUUCACUCAGUCUACCAUGUGUGUUCCAGGGACUGAACUCAGGUUGUCAGGCUUGAGAAGCAAAUGCUUUUGCCUCCGAGCCAUCUCAGCAGUCAGUGAAUAUUCAGUGAGGACUAUGUAUAUGUAUACACACACACACACACACACACACACACACACACACACACACAUAUUUACUAGCAACGAUAAUUGAGAAGAAAAAAGUCCAAACAUACCUAGCUAGUUGAACAAUAUUAGUAAAAGGAAAUAAAAAGUCUUCUUAAUCUUAGAGGUGAUCAACCUACAUCUAAAAGUCUGAAAUUUGAUUACCCUCUUUCAGUAGCAGAACCAAAAUAAUUAUAAGUCAUAACAUUCCCCAGAUCAUUACAAUGUUCACUGAUCCUGAACAGCUUCUUCAUUAGACAGGCUCACUGAGAUGAAUGUUGUGCUCAGUGGCCCCUUUGCUGCCUCCCAUACAGCCCAAACUGCUAAUGAAUCUGCUUUCUUGACUGGGUUAGUCUAAAUGUGUCAAACUAUGUUUUUUGGCUCUCUAUAUACUUUAAAUAAUGAGUGUCAUACAACUUCUAUAUAAAAUGAUCUUUUAUUUCAACUUCAAUUUUUUUCAACCCUAAAAGAAUACCUUAAGAAUUCAGAAGGGGCCUUCUAACUGGUAUUAUUACUUAACACCAGUCGUAAUUUUAGCUCAACUUUCCAGGACCUCCUGCUUCCUUGACUAGCAAUGGUAGAAUUAUAGGCAAGAUUACAUAUACUGGGUGGUACUAAAGUUUGGUUAUGAUUAUUCUUGGUUUCUUUCCAUCUCUAAUUAUAAGAACCCUUUAAACUUUUGAACCAACAUUUUUAGAAACUUAUAAUUCUGGGAAAGCCCCUUCCUAAAGAAUAUUUAUUAAUUUACUUCUUAUAAUGACAGGCAUUUUAUUACAGCUCCAAUGAAUGAAUUAUUUCACACUUAGUUAGCAGAAAGCUGUCAGUUUUCAGUUGUGAUAUCGUAAGCUUCCAUGUCACCUCCCAGGGGAGCUCAGUGGUACUUCUAGCCAAGACCUCUAAGAUAUUAGCUUCUGUACUAUGGGUGUACAGGGUCAUAGCUGCAUUUGACUGUAUAUGAGAAGGUUUGAGAAGAUUGGAUAUGUAAAAACACCUUAUGUAGGGCUCAGAGAUAAGUAACCAUUCAAUAUAUUUUAGCUGUUCUCAUUAUUGUAUAUGUAUACACACACAUACAUAUAUAUGUGCAUAAGCUUUCCACAGAAUGUACAGAAAGGAUACAUGUAAUGAGUUCUGUGAUUUUUAUCUUUGAUUCAGCAUGAAUGCUAUCAUCCUGCUCUCCGUGCUUUUCGCUCUUGCAUAUGGGCAAGCAGCAUCUUUUUGUAUUCCAACUGAAUAUACAAUGUUCGUGGAUAGGAGAGAGUGUGCCUAUUGCCUAACCAUCAACACCACCAUCUGUGCCGGGUAUUGUAUGACACGGGAUAUCAAUGGCAAGCUGUUUCUUCCCAAAUCUGUACUCUCCCAGGAUGUUUGUACAUACAGAGACUUUAUCUACAGAACUGUGGAAAUACCAGGGUGCCCACACCAUGUUGCUCCUUAUUUCUCCUACCCUGUUGCCAUAAGCUGCAAGUGUGGCAAGUGUAAUACUGACUAUAGUGACUGUAUACACGAGGCUGUCAAGACCAACUAUUGCACCAAGCCACAGACAUUCUAUCUGGGGGGAUUUUCAGUCUAACUUUAACAGCAUUGCCACUUGCAAUCUCGUUAAAUGUGUUUACCUGGAAUAGAACCAAUAAAAUACCAUUGAUACUUUU